CCCCGCGCCGCCGGCAGCGCCUGCCCCCGCGGAGCCGGGCCGCCGCCGCUCGGGGGCUGGGAUUAAAUGCCUGAGGCACCGCGACCGGCUGAGCCGCCCGUUCCGCGAGGACCAACCCCGCUGCAGGGGAGGAGAUGAGCGUGGCGGGGAAGCAGCCUCCUCCCGCACAGCUCGAGCGCCCAGGCAGCCUCCUCGUCCCGACCUGGACUAAAACUGGUAUUGCAUUGUUGUAUGAUGAAGUAUCUGAAAAUGCCUAUGACAUCCGACUGAAGCUUACAAAAGAGAUAUUAACAAUUCAAAAACAAGAUGUCGUCUGUAUUAGUGGAAGUGAUCACAGUGCAAAUCACAGAACUGUUACACUUCGUAGACAACCAGUUGGUGGCUUGGGCUUAAGCAUAAAGGGUGGUGCUGAGCACAAAGUGCCUGUCGUCAUAUCAAAAAUAUUUAAAGACCAAGCAGCUGACCAAACAGGAAUGUUAUUUAUAGGAGAUGCAAUAAUCCAGGUUAAUGGUAUUAAUGUAGAAAGUGCUACCCAUGAAGAAGUGGUACACCUACUGCGAAAUGCUGGCGAUGAAGUUACCAUCACCGUUCAGUACCUCAGGGAAGCGCCAUCAUUUUUAAAGCUCCCAUUAGGUUCCCCUGGACCAUCUAGUGAUCACAGCAGUGGAGCUUCAUCACCUCUCUUUGACAGUGGCUUACAUUUAAAUGGAAACUCAACUAACACGGCUCCAUCAUCACCUUCUUCACCCAUAGCUAAUGAACCAAAAUAUGAGAAGCACUGGCUAGACACCUUAUCAGUUCCUCUGUCGAUGGCUCGAAUCUCAAGGUACAAAGCUGGAACAGAUAAAUUAAGAUCUAAUGCAUUUGAAGUGCUGGCACUCGAUGGAAUUAGUACUGGGAUACUUCAGUUUUAUACAGCCCAGGAGAGUGCUGACUGGCUGAGAGCAAUAUCAACUAACAUCAGUGAUUUGACACUUCAAAAUAUGAAAAUGGCAAAUAAAUGCUGUUCUCCCUCAGACCAGGUUAUACAUAUGGGAUGGGUAAAUGAGAGACUUGAAGGAACUGAUUCAUCUCAGCUCUACAAAUUCAAGUUUCUGGCACUGAAAGGUUCAUCCUUCUACAUUUUCAGCACUCCACCGGUAAGCACACUAGACUGGGUGCGAGCUGAAAAAAUCUAUAACCUCUGUGAGGUUCUAUUUAAAAUUCACAAGCUCUGGCUUGCUGAUGAUUGCUGGCUACAAGCAAACUUGUAUUUAGGUAUUCAUCAAGACUAUGAUCUUGAAGACCAGAGGCCAUAUUGUUUCAGUGUUAUGGUUGGACAUGGCAAGAGUCAUUAUUUCAAUGUAGAGCUUGGCAGUGAGUUGGCAGUAUGGGAGAAAUCAUUUCAAAGAGCAAUUUUCUUGGAAGUUCAAAGAACAGGGUCUAAAACAUACGUGUGCAGUUGGCAAGGGGAUAUGCUGUGCUUCACAGUUGACUUUGCUCUCGGAUUUACCUGUUUUGACAGUAAAACAAAGAAUGUGCUGUGGAGAUUUAAAUUCUCUCAACUGAAAGGAUCUUCAGAUGAUGGGAAAACAAAAGUAAAGCUACUUUUUCAGAAUCCAGACACCAAGCAAAUUGAGACAAAGGAACUUGAAUUUCAGGAUCUGACAGCAGUUUUACACUGCAUUCACUCCUUUAUAGCAGCAAAAGUGGCAUCUGUGGAUCCAGUGUUUAUGGACAGCCAGAGUAUUGCAAGGAGAUAUAUGUACAGUAACUGAAAUCAGAUUAUUUGUUGUGGUUAUGGAAAAUAAAUUAUUUUCUUAAAGAAAGUAGCUAUUUCAUGCACAAUAUUGCAACUUUGUGAUUUUAUAAGAAGCCUAUAGUUGUAUUAUCUGUAAUGUUGAUGGUUUUCACACUGUUCACUGCUGUUGAAUCUGAUGAGUUUAACAAACAUUAAGUCAAACUGAAUCAGUUUGUUGUCUUUGGCAUUAAUCUAAAGCUCAGAGCAAAUAUUCAUUUGAUAAUAUUUGUGAUGUUGUUACAGUUUCUGUUCUCAUGGUCAUAUAUACCCCUAUGCUACAUAGAAACAUGAACCAAUAUUUGCAAAGUAUGAGACUAGAAUUUGGAGUUUUAAUCCAUUUUGUAAAGUUCAAGGCACACAGACAACUUCUACAGAGUAUUGUGGAAAAGAGCUAAUUUUUUUUUAAAAAAAAAAAAAACAAUGAGAACUGGACUUCUGUCUUGCUUUGUUAUAUUUGAAAAAAUAAUUCCUCCAUCGUAUUAUUUUAAGGCCUGAGAUUUAGCUCUGGCAAAGCACUAAAUACUCUCUUUCUGAUUGAGGAAAGAACUUAAGCACACAUUUAACUCUAACCAUAUGAAGUAAUCCCAGAGCACGUACAAGAUAUUUUUAAUUGCGUAUUUAAAUAUCUUGUUAGAUCAGCUGAAGAGCUUUGGGGCAUGCGUAGAAUCACAUCCUAAGAAGCCUAACUGUAGGCAUCCUCUUUUAGAAAACUUGCCAUAAGUUUUUAUUGAUAAAACUUUCACGAAUCAUUGAUUUAUUCAUUUAUAAACUGAAUUGACAGUAUUCUCUGUUAAAACCCUAUGUGUGAUUGUGAACACCUUCUUUAGCAACUGUUUUGUUUAGAGGUAAAUGAUUUAGGUGUACGGUAAACAAAACUAGACAUAAAGAUUUUGCUGGCCCAUCCCUCUACCAUUUUUUUCUAUAGCUCUAAUCUUGACUCAGUAUGUUUAUACACAAACUAAGUGAGGUUUCUCCUUACUAAGGAAAUACUAUUUUUUUGACACAGUUGUAACCUCCUUUCUGAAAUCAUUUGUUUAUAUAUGCAGAUAAUGAUUCCUGCUAUUGAAAAACUAUAAAAGAAAGAUAUUUUAAUUUUGGCAGAUAGUGUCCUAUCAUCUCCCUAAUAUCACGUAUUCCAAAUUUCUGUGAUAAAAGUCAUAGUUGUUCUCUAGUACAUUUUGAGGUAGCAACCAAGAAAGCAGACAAGAAGUGUAUGUGAAUAGUUCACCAAGUGUGUAUGGAUCCUAUUCAGGAAAAUUCUCUCCAAACUUUAGGAAUCUAACGGACUGUUCUAAAGCAAAAGCCUAAAUUCACUUUUUACUAAGGAAAGGAGGUAGAUGCUUUUAAAAACCCUCAGAUGAGGCUUCUGUUCUCCUAACUUAGGUGCUUGCAGUUGUUCAGAGAUGAUUGGCCUCUUGAGGUCUUAAGGCAAGUAGCUCUCUUGGCAGGCUGCAGUGGGGCCAUAGGCACUUAUUUAGAAAAUCCUUCUCUGUCCACCUGCAUCUUAGGCAGAAGCAAAGUGCUUAAAUCAGGCAAUUUGAUCCUACCAUAAGGAUUGCCUAUUUCCAUGUGGUAUCCUUAGAGGAAUUCAUUUUAACCAUGGAGAUGGUUACAAAUAUUUAAAUAUUUGUAAACAGUAUGGUAUUUUUAACAACUAUAUUUUUUUUUUCAAAAAACACUACAUUAAUUAAGUUUAUAGAACAUGUUUUUUUAUGCCAAAUGUCUCAUUUAAUCAUAUUUCUCCUCUUUGUAUUUACUGAGCCUUUAAGAUUCAUUAUAGCAAUAAAAUCAGAAUAGCUUUCUUACAGUCAAUUUUCAGUUAUUAACAUGAAGUUAUAGAUGACAGAGUGACUGUAGGUGGAAGAAUGAUGGAAUUCCUCCUCUACUUCAUUGUACUGCUAUUAUCUCUUACAUGAACUUAAAUACUAGCAUGAAACUAGUGUAACUGAGUGGAAAAUUGCACCAGUUACUACUGAACGAAGACUACAGACUCAGGCCUCUAGACCUAAUGUUUUAAAUAUUAUGUGAUAAAAAUAUAAUAUGUCUUUCUAAAUAUUGUGAAUAAAAGCUUAACAGAAAGUAAGCUUAGUUUAUUAAAUAAUCUUUCAUUUCUGCAGAAAAGUUCUGCAAUUCAGAAUGAACAUUAUUAAAAAUGUAGAAAGUCCAUGUGAGCAGAAUUAAACAAGACAAUAACAAGCUAAUUGCAUAUAAAAGUUAUGAUGAAGACUGUUCUGAAUUUUAAUAGCCUUACAUUUAGGGGGCCAUAAAAUAAAAUCUCUCUGGCAAAGCAUAAUUCUUAAUUUGCUUGGAACUAUAAAAAAUACUUCUAGUCCUUCAUUCUGACAAUACUUUCCGGUGCCCAUUCUCUCUUCUUACUUGGAACUUACUGAUUAUAUUUGAUAACUCAUGUAUUUUCUUGCAAAUUAUUUCUCAUUUUCUCUUUUAAAUUUUCUCAGACUGUUAUAUUUAUACAAAAUCAUAUUUAUAGUUCUACUGAAGACUUCUCAUUCUCCUACUCAUAAUCCUAUUUUCCCUUUCCUGUUACCCUUCUCUUAGAACAGCUUUGUGUCUCCUCAAAGAAGAUAAAUCAGAGGUCUUUUCCAAAGCAGCUGGAUAUUUCUCACAGAAUUACUAAAUUGUGUUAGAGUAUUUUGGUGAGCUAAGCUCUCUUCCAUUUUUGCAAGACAGUAGUUUUCUUCUGAUUUGCAAAAAUCAGUCUCUGUAAGAAUAUUAUA